AUGGUUCAGCCAGAACCAGUAGAUCAACCUGUACAAGGUCCUAGUACCUCUCAGACCUUAAUAGGUAAACUGGAUAUUGGAGAUCCACUUUACCUGCACCCUAGUGAUUCUAGUGCCCUUACUAUUGUUAGUGUAAAAUUGAAGGGUACUGAAAAUUAUGCUGUGUGGUCUGCGUCCAUGAAACUUGCUUUAGAAGCUAAAAAUAAGUUUGGGUUUGUUAAUGGAAAGUGUGAAAAAUCUACUGAGGAUGAUGUGCUUGCUAAUCAGUGGGAUAGAUGUAAUUCUGUGGUGUUAACUUGGCUUUUAAACUCUGUGUCUGAGGAACUUUUCUUAGGUCAAGUUUUUUCUAGUUUAGCCUCAGAGGUUUGGGAUGAUUUGAAAGAAACUUAUGACAAGAUAGAUGGUUCUGUGGUUUAUGAUUUGUUUAAAAAAAUAAAUAGUAUUUCUCAAAAUGGUUCUACUGUUGCUGAUUACUAUAAUAGAUUAACAACAAUGUGGAAGCAGUUUGAUGCUAUGCUUCAACUGCCAACAUGUUCUUGUAAAGCAGCAAAAGAUUACAAUGAUUUUUCUAUGUUAAUCAAAUUAAUGCAGUUUUUAAUGGGGUUAGAUGAUGUGUAUCAACCUGUCAGAACAAAUCUAUUAACCAGAGAAACCUUUCCAUCUGUCAAAGUUGCUUAUUCUGUGGUUUCUAGGGAGGAAUCACAUAGAUUGGCUAGUAGUGGGUCUAAAGGGCAAAAUGUUACAUUUGUUUCUAAACCAAAUCAGUCUUUUGAGUCAAGAAAGAAAACUUCUAAUCAAAGAGGACCUAAUUCUGCUUUAAAAUGUUCACAUUGUAAUAUGAUGGGUCAUACAGUUGAUAGGUGUUUUGAGCUGAUUGGUUAUCCUCCAAAUUUUAGGAAAAAACCUAAUAACUCAUCUGGUAAAACAAAUGUAACUAAUAAGUCUAAUGCUGCUGUUGCUUCCUCUUCUAGUGGGUCUACUUCUGGUUUUCCUUUUACACCUGAACAGAUAGCUAAGUUGUUAAACUUAGUUGGUGAUAAGUCUGCUAAUGUGUCAAGUACUGGAGUGGAGUCAACAAAUGUAGGAGGUGAGUCAUGCUUUGUUACAAGUGGUAUUAGUUGUUCUAGUUCUAUGUUUUUUGAAGGUAUAAUUAGUUGGAUUGUUGACUCUGGGGCUAGUCAACAUAUGGUAAAUAGUGAUAAAGACAUGUUUAAUAUUGUUGAUGUUUCUGAUUUUGAUCUUAGGGUAGGUCACCCUAAUGGUACAAAUGUUAAAGUUUUAAAAAUUGGUAAUGUCAAGUUAACUGAUGGCAUUGUAUUAAAAGAUGUUUUCUAUGUCCCAGGGUAUCAUGUUAACCUUAUUUCUGUGAAUAGAUUAGCAAAAGAUAAUGGCAUUAGUGUUGUGUUUAAUGAAAAUAGUUGUGUGUUACAGGAUUCCAAAUCAAGGAAAGUCCUGGUGACUGGUAGUCAAGAUAGUGGGUUGUAUUUUGUGGGAAAGAAUGGUAAUUCAGUAAAUGUUUGUUUUAAUAGUUUUAUUAAGUCAAAUCUGUGGCAUAGCAGAUUAGGGCAUCCCUCUGAUCAGGUUCUAACUGUGUUAAAAGAGGUGGUUGAUGUUAAAAGUAUAGAACAUGGGCCUUGUGAUGUGUGUCAUAGGUCAAAACAGGUCAGAGUUCCAUUUCCUAUUAGUGAACAUAAGACUAAGUCAAUAGGUGAAUUAAUUCACCUUGAUCUUUGGGGUCCAUAUAAAGUUACUAGUUAUGAAGGAUUUAAAUACUUUUUAACUAUUGUAGAUGAUUUUUCAAGAACUGUUUGGUGUUAUCUAUUAACAAAUAAAACUGAAGUUUUUGAAAAUCUGAAUAACUUUUAUGAACUAUUGGUAACUCAAUUUGAAAAAAGGAUAAAAGUUAUUAGAAGUGAUAAUGGUACAGAGUUUGUGAAUAAUCAAAUGAGUUUAUUUUGUAAAACCAAAGGUAUUCUGCAUCAAACUUCAUGUUCUUAUACACCACAGCAAAAUGGUGUGGUAGAAAGAAAACAUAGACAUCUCUUAAACACAGCUAGAGCUUUAUUGUUUCAGAGUGGUUUACCUCUUAGAUAUUGGUCUGAUUGCAUUUUAACUGCUGUGUAUUUAAUUAACAGGUUACCCACUUCUGUAUUAGGAGGAAAAUGUCCUUAUGAAAUUGUGUAUGGUUUUAAACCCUCAUUAAGUCAUUUAAGGAACUUUGGGUGUUUGUGUUUUAGUACAAUCUUAAAUGAAACUGAUAAGUUUGCUUAUCAUGCUGAUAAGUGUGUUUUUAUUGGUUAUUCUAAUGUAAAAAAGGGAUACAAGUUGUUAAGUCUAGAAAAUAGAAAAGUUUUCUUUUCUAGAGAUGUAAAGUUUUAUGAAAGUGUGUAUCCUUUUAAAACUGGUUUGAGUAAUAAUGAAGAACAAGUGAAUAAAACUGAUUUAAAUCAUGUUAAUUUUUUUGAUUUUACUGAAACACCUAUUCCUGAAGUUCCAAUUGUUCCCAAUGAUGAAGAGGGUGCUACUGGUGCACAAGACCCCAACAGUGAGGGUCAGCAACCAGAUUCUCCCUCUACAUCUGCUACUGCUCAGCAAAAUGAGCAGUUAGGUAGUAGUAGUUUGGGAAAUAAUGGUGGGGCAGGCAACACUGUAGGGUUGGAUGAUGUUACCAACCAAUCUGAGGGACAAAAUACAGUUAGGAGGUCUUCAAGGAAAGUGUUGUUUCCACAAAAAUUUAGUGAAUAUGUUGUUGAGGGAAAAGUUAAGUAUGGGAUUGAAAAAGUAGUUAACUAUGCUAAUUUGUCCCUUGACAAUUUGAGUCUUGUUUCAUCUUUAAAUAAAUCAAUUGAGCCUAACUCUUUUAAUGAGGCUGUUAAAGAUCCUAGGUGGAUCGAAGCCAUGAAUAAUGAAAUGGAGGCUUUAAAUAGAAACAAUACAUGGAUCAUAGUUGAUUUGCCUAAAGAUAGAAAACCUAUAGGCUGCAAGUGGGUUUACAAAAUUAAGUAUAAGGCAAGUGGUGAAGUUGAAAGGUAUAAGGCAAGGUUAGUUGCCAAAGGGUUUAAUCAAAGAGAAGGGAUUGAUUUUGGAGAAACCUUCUCUCCAGUUGUCAAAAUGGUUACUGUUAGAAUAAUUUUGAAAUUAGCUGUUAAUAAUGGCUGGCCUUUGUACCAGUUAGAUGUUAAUAAUGCUUUUUUAUAUGGGUCGUUGUCAGAAGAUGUUUACAUGUCUUUACCUCAAGGUUACUUUAGUGAUGAUAAAACUAAGGUGUGUAAACUUGUUAAAUCACUCUAUGGACUUAAACAAGCCCCUAGACAGUGGAAUGAGAAGUUGACUUCUGUGCUUGUUGAUAUGGGUUUUAUACAAAGUGUUUGUGAUCAUUCCUUAUUUAUUAUGUGUAAAAAUGAUGUUUUCCUUGUUUUGUUGGUUUAUGUUGAUGACAUUGUCAUCACUGGUAAUGAUAGAGUUGAAAUAACAAAGGUCAAACAAGGUUUAAGUGAUAGUUUUCAAAUAAAGGAUUUAGGGAUAUUAAAAUACUUCUUGGGAAUAGAAGUCUUGUAUUCCAAUGAUUCUGUGUGUUUGUCUCAGAGGAAGUACUGUUUAGAGCUUCUUAAUGAGUUUGGUUAUUUGGGGUGUAAGCCAGUUGGGACACCUAUUGAACAGUCUCAUCUGGUUACUAAUAAGAUUUGUAAAGAUACAAAGUUUUUGGAUAAUGUAAAUGGGUUUCAAAAACUUAUUGGUAAAUUGAUUUAUUUGUCAUUAACUAGGCCAGAUAUAAGCUAUGCUGUUCAAUUUUUAAGCCAGUUCAUGCAUAAACCUUGUCAAGUUCAUAUGGAUAUUGCUUUAAGAUUGUUAAGGUACUUAAAGCAGUCUCCUGGAAGAGGUGUUAUGUUCAGGAAGACUAAUAGUUUAGAUAUUACUGGGUUUGUUGAUUCUGACUGGGGAAAGUGUCUUUCAACCAGAAAGUCAGUGACUGGUUUUGCUGUUUAUCUAGGUGAUACACUUAUAUCAUGGAAAAGAAAAUUCGUUGUUGGUUAUGCGCUUGAAUGGCAUGAAAAGGAGUAUUACCUUGGAUGCGUCUGCGACGAGCUCUACGCCCCUCCAAGUGCUUACUUUUCAAUGUAUGGCUUAACUUCUCGAGCAAUGUUUUUGGGAGGUGUAUUUGAGAAAAUAGGUGUGGAACCACAAGUGCAGAGGAUUGGUAAAUAUAAGAGUGCUGGUGAUCAAUUAUUUCGCAAGAAUAUAUCUGAAGAAAAUCGUGAGGUGCUUACUACAUUGCUAGACAAUAUCUAUGGAAAUUGGGUCGAUAAGGUUUCUCAAGCCAAAGGAAAGAGUAAGGAAGAAAUUGAUAGUUUUAUUAACGAAGGAGUUUACCAAAUAGAUAAGUUGAAAGAAGACGGAUGGAUAACAGAUAUUAAAUAUGAUGAUGAGGUUAGAUCUAUGUUGAAAACAAGAUUGGAUAUUGUAGAGAAGAAAAAACUUCCACUUAUUGAUUACAAGAAAUACUCAAAAAUUAGGAAAUGGAGUGUGGGGUUAUCAGGUGGCAAGGAUCGAAUUGCAGUAAUUAGAGCCUCUGGUAGCAUUAGUCGUGUAGGAGGGUCAUCAUUUUCACCUAGUUCCGGCAUAAUAGCUGAGAAAUUCAUCAAAAAGAUUAGCAAAGUAAGAGAUUCGAAAAAGUAUAAGGGGCUACCUGAUGAAGAGAAACUGUUUGCAGAACGUGCCCAGAAUUUUUAUAAACAAUUUCGUGACAAGGCAGCAUGUUCGAGAUCAAUGAGUGUGGACACGAUGGAGGAAGUAGCUCAAGGGAGGGUAUGGACCGGCAAGGAUGCUGCUUCACGAGGUUUAGUUGAUGCAAUUGGAGGCUUUUCACGGGCAGUUGCUAUAGCCAAACACAAGGCCAACAUUCCUCACAACAAAAAGGUGACUUUGGUUGAGGUGUCGAAACCAUCAUUCUCUUUACAAAAAAUCCUAUUUGGCAUGUUGAGUUCAGCAAUUGGGAUAGACACGGCACUAAAGCUUCUGCAGGAUAAUUCUGCAACGUGCGAUGGAGUGCAAGCCCGUAUGGACGGAAUUAUGUUUCAUGGGUCAGAAGGAUCUUCAUUUGCAGACCCCAAUUUCAGUUUGCUAAAAGAUUGCCUAACUUCUCUUUGAUCUCAGGAGCUUAUUACACUUUUUGGUAACCUAUGAAGUAUGUUGGUUCCAAGAUCAAGGUGUCCUUAUAUUGAUGUUUAUUUAUUUUGUUUUGUGUUAAAAGUGAAGUUAUGUUCUUAAGACAAAGUAGAUACAAAACGUCGUUGAAGUUAAUCUUCUUCUUUGUCUUUGAGUGAAUGGGACCCACCCUUCUUGGUA